AUGGUCACUCUAACUAGAAUCGAAGACGAAAGUCAACAAAAGCCUGAAGAAAAGGUGUUCAACGCAGGAGUGGAGGAAGUUGAAUCCGAAUCUGAAGUUGAAUCUGAAGACGAAUUUGACGAAAAUGAAACUUUGUUGCAGAGAAUCGAAGCACUUAAGGACAUGAUUUUACCUGAGCAAAGACAAUACAUUGCUUCUACUUUGGAGUCUGCUUGCUCCACUGCAUCAACUUUGGCCAAGAAGUGUGGAAAUGGAUUGUGGAUUCUGACCUCUUCUACCUUGCUUCUGGGAGUUCCUUUGGCUUUGGGAAUUUUUGGUGAGACCCAGUUGAACGAAUUAGAAAAGGAAAUGCAGUUACAACAAGGCAGCAGUGACUUGCUGGCCUCCGGAAGCGAACAACAGCCAGCUACAGCUGCAAGAUAA